CUGCCGGGAGUUGGGGAGGGACCGGCAGUCGCAGUUGAACCCGCGAAGGUGAGAAUGUCUGAGCCUGGCUCCUUCCCGCUGCUGGUUGAAGGGUCCUGGGGCCCCGACCCACCGAAGAACUUGAGCACCAAGUUGCAGUUGUACUUCCAGAGCCCGAAGAAAUCAGGAGGCGGGGAGUGUGAGGUCCUCCAGGAACCGGGGAGCCCAUCCCGCUUCCUAGUGCUCUUCUACCCCAAUGAUGUUCGGAAGCAAGUUCUGGAGAGAGAGAAGCACGAGUUAGUGUGGCCAGGAGUAGGAAGAUUCACAUUAUCUGUCCAGUUGCCCACAGCCCCAAAUGAAGGCCGUGAGGGGAAAAUUCCAACAAAUGGAUCCAAGACCAAAGAACGUGCCAAAGAAUCAGCAGAUGUGUCAGAAGAUCUUGAUGAACAUCUCUCUCUCAGUAAAAGAUCAGAAAAAAUGGAAGACAGCCCCAAAGAAUGUGAAAAUAGUUCCUCUUUGGUUGCAUUUGAAAAUCUCAAGGCAAACGUGAACGAUACGAUGUUCAUCAUGUUAGUGGAGAACGUAAGCGGCCUGACUAAGGAUGACUUUCAAGUGGAAAUAGUACGGGAUUUUAAUGUUGCUGUGGUUACCUUUCAAAAACAUAUCGAUGCCAGGAAAUUUGUUGAUGAUUGUGCCAAGCACCAUUCAGUGAAAGGACUUCAGCUUUCUGCAAGACUUCUGGAAGUGACAAAAACAGUCCUAGUUGAAAACCUGCCACCUGGUGUUGAUCACGAUGACUUGAAAUGUUUGUUUGAAAAUCCUCGGAAUGGAGGGGGAAGAGUUGCCAGUAUCAAAUGUUUUCCUGAAGAGAGUUCAGCUCUGAUUGAAUUUUUCGACAGAGAAGUGUUAGACACCAUCAUGACCAAGAAACUUGACUUCAAUAAUAUGCCACUCUCUGUGUUCCCGUACUACACCUCUUUGGGCACAGCCUUGUAUGGCCAGGAGAAGCCUCUGAUCAAGCUUCCAGCACCAUUCAGAGAAGCAUUGGAUCUUUCCUUAUGGAAGUUCUUGCAGAAAGAGAGUCACCUGAUUGAGGAGAUAAAUGAUGAAGCGAGACGCUGUCACUGUGAACUAACAUGGUGUCAGCCCAGUGGUGAAGUGAUCAUCAGACCUGCAGCCACCUUGGUCGAUCAAGGAAGACUGAAAAUCAAGUCCUGGCAGGAAGAUGCUUCUGCAGUAUUCUCUUCCAUUAGGUCUAAAUAUACAGUGACCCCAUUGAAAGUGGACCCAGUAGUGUGGGACACCAUAAAAGACAAUGUAGGAGAUGAUAGGAUUUUGAUUGAGCUCAAUGAACUCACAUGGAUUUUAACUUUAGCAGGGAAAUCAGAGGAUGUACAGAACAUUGAGCCACAGAUCAAGAAUUUAAUAGAAAGCACCAUUCAAAAAAUUAAGAAAGAAGAACAAAGUCUGAAGCAAAAACUGGCCAUUUCUCCAGCAAGGUACUCACUUCUCUUGCACAGCGGCAUACAGAAGCAUCUCCACAGGGAGUGCCCGGAGGUGGAGAUGUUUUAUGAUGAAGCCUCUCAGCACAUGUGCUUCAAAGGACUCCGUGCAGAUGUGUACAAAGCAAAGUGUGAAAUCCAGGAAAAAGUGUACACCAUGGCUCAGAAAAACAUUCAGUUUCCCCCUGAGAUUUUCCAGUUUCUGCAACAGGUUGACUGUGCAGAAUUCUCUAAGUCUCUUUUUAUAGCACAGAACAUUCUUGCAGUUUAUGAGCUGGAGGGCACAACUGUUCUCAUAACUGGCUCCUCUUCUAAAGUCCUCUUAGAAGCUGAAAAGCAAAUGGUCAGUGCCUUACAUUAUAGGUGCAUCGACGUGGAGGACAGAGAAGUUCUUAACAGCAAGAAAUGGAAAGGACUAACUCGAAAUUUGCAGAAGAAGCACAAUUCCUCCUUAAAGACUGUAGCAAUCCAUGAGGUAACUUCAGAAACCACAACCCAGGUCAUCAUCGCAGGCUGUGUGAACGAAGUAAAAGAGAUCUAUGACUUGCUUUUUGCCUUUGUGGAAAAACACACAAAAAUAGAGAAACUGAUUGAAGUAAAGCCUUUCUUGGUUAUUGAUUUUUUAAGGACAGAAAAGUCAUUCUUGCAAAAGAUCAAGAAGAUAAAUGUGCAGGUAGUUUUCAAUCCCGAGGACAAGCAAAAAGGUAUCUUACUAACUGGCCCAAAGACCGAAGUCCUGGAGGCAAAGAACAUUGUCAUGCAAGCCUGGGAUUCAGUCUGUGUUAAAAGUCUCCAGAUUGAUAAGCCAGGAGCCCGCCAGUUCUUCCAGGAUAAAUCACGGUAUUAUAAAAGUGAGGUCAAAAGGUUAUUUGGUUGUGUUAUUGAGCUACAGAAGGAUGAAGAAAAGGAGGGAGGCAGCAUGGGUGAGCAGAGGUGCUUCUUUCGGACAAAUUUGGCCCCUGGAGUCUCGCUGAUUGUGCAGCAAGGCGACUUGAGCCAGUUUCCAGUUGAAGUGGUGGUGAAUAUGACCAGUGAAGACCUCAAGCUCAGUGAGGGCCUGAAUGAUGCUCUUUUAAAAGCUGCCGGCCUGGAGUACCAAGAAGAAUUUUACCAGAUAAUGAAGAGAGAAAGGGGCAAGGUCUCACCUGGCUGUGCCGUCAUCUCGAAAGCAGGAAAGCCCCAUGUGAUCCACGCAGUAGUGCCCCCAUGGAAGAGAAAUGAGGCUCAGAAAAGCACAUGUCAGUUAAAGAUCGCUGUGAAAGAAAGUCUCCAGUUGGCUGUGAAACAUAAGUACCAAUCCAUAGCCUUCCCUUCCAGAGCCCUUGGCUUCCCCUCUCCCCAGUAUGUGGAGUCCACUGUUCUGGCAGCCAAGGAAAGGUUCCAAAAUAACCAGGAUGGAUGCACCUUGAAAGAGAUUUACAUUGUGGAUGGAGAUGAGAGGACCAUGAAGAGUGUUGCUGAAAGUGCAAAAACUAUACUUAGAGACACCCUACCUGAUACCGCUUCCCGGCUCAGUUUACCAACAGCGGUCCAGUCUGAUUUGAGAAAAGAUCAUGAAAACGAACCAAGUCUGCUCUCCCCGGAGGGGCUGAGGAUCCUGUUGGUGAAAGGAGAUGUGCAGAAUGCUGCGACCGAUGUGGUUGUCAACUCCAUUCCCUUGGAUCUUGAGCUCAGCAGAGGGCCCCUCUCCAAGGCCCUCUUGGAAAAAGCUGGACCAAAACUCCAGGAAGAACUGAAGACAGUCGGACAAGGGGUGGCUGUUGAAAUGGGAACAGUUCUCCAAACCAGUGGUUGCAAUCUGCCUUGCCAAUGUGUGCUUCAUGUGGUGGCUCCAGACUGGGGAAAUGGCAAUGCAUCAUCACACAAGAUCAUGGAAAACAUAAUCAGAGACUGUUUGGAGAUCACAGAGAGUCUGUCCUUAAAAUCAAUUGCAUUUCCAGCAAUAGGAACAGGAAAUUUGGGGUUUCCUAAAAACGUUUUUGCUGAAUUAAUCACUUCACAAGUGUUCAAAUUCAGUAGCAAGAAUCAACCGAAAAGUUUAAAAGAGGUUUGCUUUCUGUUGUACCCAAGUGACCAUGGAACUAUUCAGGCAUUUUCAGAUGAAUUUGCCAGAAGGGCUAAUGGAAAUCUCAUCAGUGACAAAAUUCCCAAGGCUGGAGAUACACAAGGUUUCCCCAAUUUAGGACCACAUGAAAUGAAGAUUGGGCCUAUCAUUUUCCAGGUAGCCUCUGGAAAUAUCACCGCAGAGAAAGCCGAUGUGAUCGUAAAUUCAACAUCAAAGUCAUUUACUCUCAAAGCAGGGGUCUCCAAAGAAAUUUUAAAAUGUGCUGGGGAAAGUGUAGAAAUGGAAUGCUCUCAACAAGCUCAACAGGGCCACCAUGAAUAUAUAGUUACCGAAGGUGGAUUAUUGAAGUGCAAGAAUAUUAUCCAUGUCAUUGGUGGAAAUGAUGUCAGGAGAUCUGUUUCUUGUGUUUUGCAAGAGUGUGAAAAACGGAAUUACUCCUCAGUUUGCCUCCCAGCAAUUGGGACAGGAAAUGCCGGACAAGACCCAGAUAAUGUUGCUACAGCCAUGAUUGAUGCCAUUGAAGACUUUGUGCAGAAAGGAUCAGUUAAGUCUAUGAAAAAAGUUAAAGUUGUUAUAUUUCUGCCUGAAAUACUGGACGUGUUUUAUGCCAACCUGAAAAAAAGAAGAGAAUCUCAGCCUCCUCCCCAGCAGUCCAUGAUGUCUAAGAUUGCAUCAUUUUUGGGCUUCUCAAGUAAACCUCCCCCAAAACAGAAUCUUUUGGUUUUGGAAAAGAAAACAGAAUCAGCCAUUUUUCAGGUGUGUGGGGAAAAUGUAAAAUGCGUGGACCACGCCCUCUCCUGGAUACAAGAUCUCAUUAAAAAGGAACAGUUGCCCUACUACAAUGAAGAUGAAUAUAUCAGAUACUUUGACGUAAAGGAAUAUCAGGAAUUGAAUGAGCUUCAGAAGAAGUUAAAUAUCUCCAUUUUCCUGGAGCGUGAAAGACCUUUGGUUGAGGUUUUUGGAAUUACCACCGAUGUGAUACAGGCCAGAAAUGCAAUUGAAGACAUGAUCAAGAGAGUUAGAUCAUCCAAAGAACAAGAAUACCUGGCAGAUCGUACCUAUGAUUAUGUGGAAUGGCAAUAUCAAGACAGUAACACUUUUCAGAGUUUUGACAAGAUAACCAACAUGCAACUGGAGGAUGCAAAGAAACAAAAGAAAAAGACAAUUGAUGUCAAAAUUAAUCAUGAGAGCUACACAGUAGACUUGAACACAUGCAUUGCAACAGACGCAAAGGGAAAGACCUUACUCGUUCAGCGCUAUGCAAAGAGUGAAGUUGAGAUCCCCCCAAACUGGAGUGAUAUGAAGCAGCAGAAUGUCUGUGUGGUUGAACUACAGCGUAACCAUCCAGAAUACAAAAUGGUGGCAAGCAAGUUUAAUGAGACCUGCUCAAACUUCACCAUAGAGAAGAUUGAGAGGAUCCAGAAUCCAGAUCUCUGGAGACACUACCAGAUAAAGAAAAGCAACAUGGAUGCCAAGAAUAGCCAAAUAAUAAAUGAGAAGCUGCUCUUCCACGGGACGGAUGUUGACUCAGUGCCAUUUGUCAAUGGAAAUGGCUUUAACCGCAGUUACGCUGGCAAGAAUGCGACUUCAUUUGGAAAAGGAACCUAUUUUGCUGUCAAUUCCAUUUAUUCUGCCAGGGAUACAUACUCUAAACCGGAUGUGAAUGGGAAGAAGUAUAUGUAUUAUGUGCGAGUACUUACUGGAACCUACACGCUUGGAAACACGUCAUUAAUUGUGCCUCCUCUAAAGGACCCUAAAAAUCCUACUGACUUGUAUGACACUGUCACAGAUAAUAUACAAAAGCCAAACUUGUUUGUGGUAUUUUAUGACUACCAGGCUUACCCAGAGUAUCUCAUUACUUUUAAAAAGUAACAUUUUGGUAUCCUUUGCAAAAGAUAUUAUUCAUCUAUGUGUAUCUAGCUGUUAAACAGGUUGGAGCUUUUUAAAAAACCACGUUUGCUAAGGUCAAAGACCCUUACCACUGACAUCAGACUUUGUCUAGCUUCUCUUCUGUAACUGUAAUGCCCCUAGCUUGAGAGUAAUCAAUUUGAGGAUUUUUUUAAACAGUUUUUUAUUAAAGUAUAGUUGAUUUACAA